UCAUAGUUGAUUCUGUCAAACGAAAAUAGAUAUUUUUUCUAAAAUCUUGGUACAUUAUUUUCAUUAAGUAGUUGGAACACAUCACAAAAAUUAACCUUUAAUUGAUGUCAUAAUGGUGUUUGUCACAAUGUGUAAAUAAUAAUGUUGUUGACCGCUGUUUUGUGUUACUUGGCAACAACCAAACAUCGGAACUGUUUUGAAGCUAUAAAAACACAUUGAGGAAAACAAAUGGGUUUCACAUUGCUAAAGACCUUCGAUUUAUGAAGCAACUAUUCGGCAACAUUUUAGUCCUGCAAGGAAUGCGUUGAGUUCUUUCAAUAUAGCUUUGCGACAUCCAUGGUGUAGCAGAAGAUGGCACAAGGCUAUGCAACACUUAUCAAGGAAGCCACUCUGCUCCUGGACAAGUUCAAUGCAGACAAACAGUGUGUGGAGGAAUUUACAGAGGAUGCUUCAAAGGCCAUCGAGAACCUGGAUGCCUUGGAUAAGAAGUUUAUACUGGAUAUCGUUUCUGGAUGCAUUGAGCAAAAAAAGUUAUUGGAUGUUGUCAUCAACGUCUUUUAUGCUCAGAGUGGGAAAUGCUUACUGAAGGCUGAUCGUAACCAGUUAGCCAUAAUAUGUUACUUCAGCAUGUUCCUCAUUGAUGACCUUGGACUGGAGUGCUUCAGCAAGAUUGUCAACUCUUUGGACAUAAAAAAGAUGCACAAAUUCCUGAGUUUCUUCUUCAACAUCACAAACCUCAGUACCUGGAUCCAGGGGGAGUGGAGUCAGAUCUAUGAUGCUGCCUAUGUGGAGAGGAACUGGAUUGCCCCGCUGCUAAGGUGGCACCCUGAGAUUGAUAUUCUGAUGGCUCAGCUUGCAUCCAGAAUGUCUAGAGGGAGUCAGUUUAAAAAAUCCACCAAGAAGAACACUGAGCCCCACGAAUUUUCACUUACCAAACCCAAAGCUCGCCCCCUCCCUGCACCUGAGCCCAUCCCCCUGCAGGAGAAACACCAGCUGGUACCAACCAGCACCUACAGAGUUCCAAAAGAGAAGCAGGUCAUGGAGGAGGUCAAACAGAGGAACCGUCAGAAGGCAGUGCAAGUUCUGUAUGAGGCCAACACUCAACAGUUCAAGUGUGCAAACCCACAAAAGUCUGAGCGCACCAAGAGUGUCAUGUCCCAGAUUGUACGAAGCCAUGAUGCCCAGCUCAAGUUUGAUUCACUCCACACCUCUGGAAGCCCAGCCACCCAUAAGCUUAACAACCUGCCCAUCAGGCUCAACACCACGGCCAUCCUGCGGGAGGGGGCUCUGUAUAACCGUCAGGUGGAGGAGGAUCUACGCAGGAUGGAGCAACUUGUGGAGGGGGCGGGCGAGCCCUCCUCGUUCCUGCAGUGGCAGAAGGAGAUGCGGGAGCGUGAUCUCCAGGAAGAGCUGGCCCAGGUGGAGCGUCGCCGUCUGGAGGGUCGCAUCAGCUACGAGGAGGCUGCUCUCGCCCGCACCCGCAUCAUGGAGCGCAACCAGAAGACUGCACUGCUAAAGAAGGAAGAGACUGCCAAGCUGAUGCAAAGAUACGCAAACAAGCGGUUGCAGGAGGAGAAAGAGAUGAGAGACCUGGUGCAACAGGUAGCAGAUGGACACAAAAACUCAAAAGCAGCUAAAGUGAAGUUGCAGGAGUUCAAACAGCGAAUAGUAAAGGAAGUGUCGGAGCAGAGUGGGGAACUCCUUCGUCAGGCCCUGGAGGAAGCACAGGCAGAGCUGAGCAGGAAGUUUGAGAUUAUCUGUCAGAUCCGGGCCAUUGAGUCUGUCCCCCUCAUCAGGCACAAGUUUGUGGAUGAAACAGAGACAGCAGGACAUGAACUGCUUGGGGAGAUGUCCCUGGCUGAGCUGCGGGAGCGUCUGGCCAUGCUGAGGAAUGCAGAGCAGAGAGAGCAUCAGUACAGGAGGGGGCGCAUUCUGGAGGACAAGAAAAGCAGGGAGCAGCUUUUGCUGGAGCAGCUGGACACCAUCGCCCUCCACAGGACAGCCCUGGGACAGGCUGCUGCACGCAGGCAGGAGGAGAAGAGAGCAAGGCGGGAGCUGCAGCAGGGAGUAGCCGAGGAUGAGAGGGUGGUGGCUUUGCAGAGAAGGCUGGAGGAGAGGCAGCAGGAGCGCCAGAGGCUGAAGCAGGGUGAGAAAACCAAAGCCAAGAUUACUGAGCAAUCUGCCACUCAUGCCCUCAAGAGCUGGAAUCACAGGAAGCAAAAAUGGAGGAACAACACUGGGCAGAUUUGGAGCAAAGAUUGGAGUGUCAGGUCCAGCAGGAAGCUCCUAACACUCUCUCCCAGAAGAAAAAUACUCAAGGUCUAGACAUCAGCCUCUGAAUGUCAUUCUCCUAGCAUAAGGACCAUAUUGCAUGUUUGCUUCAAGUCUUUGAGAAGCCCUAAUUUCAUAUAACAAGUACAACAUGCAUUUUGUAUUUACUUUUGUUAAGGCUACUAUUGCUACUAUUAUCAAGAGGAUGUCAGCAUGUAAAGUUGAAAAAAAUAUAUAUGUUGUUGUGCUCUUAUGCCACUGUACAAUUUAAAGUGAACCCAAAUCUUUGAACUAUGUGUUUUAUUUCCUUACGUUUGAUUUGAUUUAGUUACAUUGGAAUGUAACUUGUAUGUUCAAGAAUACCCAUGCAUGGGUGAAAAUGGGCGCAUUCGAAAUAGCAGCGAGUAGAGAGAGACUGACUGAUCGACAAAUCACUCUGAAAGUUAUUUGAAGAUCAGUCAGUCAGAAAUUACCCAUGAUACAUCAUUCCCGGUUUUGAUGCUCUUGAACGCGGUCAUGUCUAAUUACGACGCAAAAUUUACAUACCCAUUCGACUCGCGUUUGGGAGAAUUUUUGCAUUUUAGUUUACUCUAAUUAUUUCAACCUGCUAACGUUACGUUAAUUAUCCUAACAUGCUAUGAAAAGUCACUGCUGACAGUGAGCUACUCACAUAUGCACAGCAGCGACACUACUGCAGUUCAUCCAGGUUUGAACCCGAAAGUAUCUUGUCAGAAAGGCUGAGCAAGAUAGAAUAGAGAUCCCUGAUACCAGAUGCUCCAACAAUACAAAUGAAGGCACAGCAGACAGCAGCAACACGUCACACCUUGAGACCAUAGAGGUGCUGGAG